AUGCGAGGGAGGUUCGACGAAGCCGCGUCGCUCGCAACGGCUCCCAGCGCAGAACACGGGGUCCGGGACCCUAAGGAAUCGGCUCCCGUGUUUAUCCGAGCGGCCGCGACGGCCACCGCAGCCGCCAUAGGUCUCAGCAUCGUGACCGCGGCGCCUUGCCUCCCCACCGUCUCCCCCGCCUCCGCCGCCGCUUUCAACCGCGUUGCUGACGUGGCGGCCGCGGGGCUGCCGGCGGAGGUUCUGCCGCCGAUCGCGGCGGUGAAUACGGGCGACGUGUGGCCGUCGCUGUACCACUCGGCGCAGUUCUUCUCGUCGUCGUUCCGCGCGCUGCCCGUUCCGAUCACGUUCGACCAAGGAAGCUUCGCGGAUCGAUCGGGCUUCGCCGCGCCGCCGUUAGUGUACACUUACCCCUCCGCUGACGUCACUACCGACGCGUCGGUGGGGACUAGUAACGAGCCGCUAACGGCUUCCGCAGUCGCCGAAACCUCGGCGGUUCCGGCAUCCCUGCCGGCUAAUCUACCAGCUGCACUACCAGCCGCCUUACCCGCUUCUCUCCCGGCUGGAACUUUCGCGUUGCCCGCACCUUCCGCUGCGGUUUUGCGCGUGUCCCCUUCUGGGGCUGCGGUGCCCAGUACGCCUGUGUCGCUCAAUUACUCCGCCGCUCCCGCCGCAUCCGCGGAUGCGGGGAAGGAGGCGGCGGGUUCCGCGGGCGCGGCUGCUGACGUGGUGUUCGGCGUCAAUGUGUCCGUGUUAAAAGCCGCCUUCGGAACUGUGUUUAAGCUCUUCGGCAUCUGUGCGUUCGUGGUGUGUCUGCAGAAAUCGGGCAUUCUACCCAAGUCCACGCCCUCCGUGCUCAGCCAGGUCUCCUUUCGAGUGCUCAUUCCGUGCUUCCUUAUGAGCAAGGUGGCCGCCACUCUCUCGGGCGAGUCGCUCUCAGCGCUUGCAGUGCUGCCGCUCAUUGCUAUUCUCCAGGUGCUGGUGGGUACGGUGCUGGGCAAGGCUGCGUGCCUCGUGGCAUUCCACAAGCCCUCUUCACUACUGCCAUCCGCUGCCCUGCUGCCCUCUCUUGUCACCGGCAACAGCGUCAGCAGCAGCAACCUAAAGCACAGCGACGGAAGCAGCAGAGAAAACCACACUGAGCUUGUUGCCACUGCCGCCGAACCACAAUCGCCAGCAGCAACAGCAGCAUCGGCGGCGGCAGCGGCGGCGGUACUUAGGACCAAGGAGUCGGUGGUGACAGCAGUGUGUGCGUUCAGCAACUCGCUCUCGCUGCCUCUGGUGUUCCUCACAGCGCUGCUCAGCCAGGUGGAUGGCGACAGGGCAGCAGGAUACCUCGCUCUCUUUAUGAUGGGCUGGCAGCCGGCGCUGUGGACGAUCGGCUACAGCAUUCUCAAGGACGCGGGCAAGCCCGCUGGUGGUGUGACCAGCAGCAGCAGCAGCAGCAGCAUCAAGGCGACUGCUGCUAGUAACGCUGGUGCUGCUGGUGGUGGUGUUGGGGGCGUGCGUGCGUGGGCGAGCAAUGCUGUGGAGUGUGUCUCUGGUGUGGCCAAGAAGGUCUUUAACCCGCCUAUGUAUGGGGUGCUCGUGGGCGUUGUUAUCGGCACCACCCCGCUCGGCCAUUUCUUCCUGCCCGCUGCUGCCGAUGCCGCUGCGGCUGCUACAGCCGCUACUGCUGGCUCAGGCGACCUGCUGUCCUCUCUCCUCAGCCCUGCUACAGCCGGAGUGCUGAACCCUCUGUUUGGGGCAGCAGGCAUGCUGGGGGGAGCAUGUGUCCCAGUGCAAACCAUCGUCCUCUCCUCCUCUCUAGCCGAUGCCCUCCCCUCCAACCUCUCCUGGCCCAAGUUCCUCCCGGCUCUCCCCAACCUCCCCACUCCUCCCAACCCCUUCGCAAACCUCCAAAAGUCGCUCUCUGCCAGAUUCCCUGCGCCUGUCUUUCCUGCCGGUUCCCCCCCGCUAGCCAACCUCCACCACCUCCUCCAAUCCCUCCUCACCCCUUCUUCCUCCUCUUCUUCCCACUCCUCCCCGUCCUCCUUCUCUUCCUCUUCCUCCGAUUCUGCCUCCUCACUGUGGCUGCUAGCCCGCUUAGUUCCCCACCAACCUUUCCUUGGGAACUCCGUUCUAGCAGCUUCCUACUCCACUGCUGCUGCAGCUGCAGUCACAGCGUCAGCUGCUUCAGCAUCUGUCCUAGCCAUUCCAGUGCAAGGGAGGGUGGAGAGGGGCGCGGAGAGGGGUGAGGAUGGGUUGAAGGAGGUGCGGUCGUGUGAGGCGGAGAGCAACACAGAGGCGGUGGGAGGGGUGGAGAUGAUGGGGGGUGGGGACGCGACAGGUGCGCUAGAGGUGAAUGGACUCGAGGCAUUGGAAUUAGAAAUGGAUCUGAGCAUGGGCCAGGGUGCUGCCAUGCACCUGGAACGACCAAACGCUGAUGCUGCUGCGACAGCGACAGCACUAGCAGCAGCUGUAGUGGGAGAGGAAGCAGAAGCAGCAUCUAUUCGUCCUGUCGCUCCCACCAUGUCUCCUGAACUGGCAGCUGCGCUGGCUCCUGCUACUGCUGCCGCCCUCGCCCCUUCUUCCUCCUCUGUCUUUGCCCGCGCACCAGCACCAACCGUAGCAUCAGAAUCCACUGUUGCCUCUGUCGCCGCUUCCGCUGCUCCUGCGGCUGCUGUUGCAGCUGCCUCUGCUGCUGUUGCUGCUGCUGUUUCUGCAUCAGCCAAGGCAGCAGCAGCGGUGCCUGCCGGGCCGCCAGCAGACCUGCUGGACAAUCGGGCGCUGGUGGUGGUGUCGCUCGUGCGGCUCCUGGUCUCUCCAAUCGUCGGCAUGACCAGCAUCAUGGCUCUCUACCACGCCCACCUCAUUCCCCAGGACCCUAUUUGCGCACUUUGCCUCAUGGUGCCUACUGCCAUGCCGUCAUCUCAGAGCCUCGUGGUUCUCACUCAGCUGAGCUCCAAGACCCGUCCUCUGGCAGGAGUUCUUGCCUCACUCAUGCUUCGACAGUACGCCCUGGCCAUGCUACCCAUCACCAUCUGGGUCACCGUUUUCCUCACCAUCCUCAACAUCCCCAUGUGA